GUACAGUUAUAGUAAUAAAUAGUAUGUCUGUGUUCGACUCUUUUUAAAUCCGUUUAUAUACACACCUGAGUUUAGUAGGCGUGACGUAAAUAAAUAUUAAAAUAAACCUUAAGAAAAGGUGAAAAUGGCUAACAGAGGUGCUUUGUGGUUUUUAAAAAAUGUGUAUGCCAUAAGGAGCUGGAUUAUAAUUAUAAUUGCUUUCGUAGUACCGUGUAAGCUAAUUAUAUGUCAAACUCCGGAAUCGAAAUGCCUUUAUGUUAUAUGUGUAAUGGGACUAUGUUAUGUGACAGAAGCAGUCCCGAUAUCAGUCACGUCCUUGUUUCCUAUAUUCCUGUUUCCAAUGCUAGGAAUAGCAACAGCAAAACAUGUGUCUUCAAAAUAUGUAAAUGAUACCUCAAUGCUGUUUUUCGGAGGUCUGAUAGUGGCUGUAGCUAUUGAAGAAACGGGUCUACACAAACGAAUAGCUUUAGGAAUUAUGAAGUUGGUAGGAGUUUCACCAAAUAUGUUGCUCCUUGGAUUGAUGGUACCUACAUGGUUUCUGUCUAUGUGGAUCAGUAACACGGCAACAACGUCAAUGAUGUUACCAAUUAUCACAGCUGUUAUUGAUCAAAUGAAAAUAGCUGAAUCAGAAGUAUCGGAAGAGACACUUAUGUUGUCAAAUAAACGUGAAAAUCAUCAAAACUUGGAUAAUAACUCCGAUGAUCGGUUUUGCAGUGACGAUGACUCAAACUAUGUGAUGGAUAAGAAAGAUAAUUCGAACGGACCAGUCAGUGAAAAGGAUGUCAAAAUUGAAAUUAGUGAUACACAGAGGCAGACGACACAACGUAAAUCAGAAGAGAUAAAGAGACUGAGUAAAGCAUUUGCCCUUAGCGUCGCUUAUGCCGCUAAUACAGGAGGAAUAGCAACAUUGGUUGGUACACCACCAAACCUUGUAUUACAGUCGGUUGCAAAUACUAAGUAUGAUGCAAUUAAAAAAGGCACAGAUGCAGGAAUAACGUUUGCAAACUGGAUGGGAUUUGCAAUCUUAUUAUCGCUCAUUAUGCUCAUUCUUUCAUGGUUUUGGAUUCAGUUACUUUUCAUUCGAUGCGGGUGUUUGAAUAAGGCAAACAGAAGUAGAUCCAAAGCAAUCAAGACAGCAAUAGAUCAGGAAUUUAAAAAACUGGGAAAAAUUACUUUUGCAGAAGUGACGGUGUUGAUAGUAUUUAUUUGUUUAGCAAUACUGUGGAUUUUCCGUGAUCUUCCUGAUAUUCACGGUUGGUCACUUGCAUUUAAAACUAAGUACGUUAGUGAUUCAACAGCAUCCAUCUUAAUGGCCUGUUUACUUUUUAUUUUGCCUGCAGAGGUACCAAAUGUUUUCUGUUGGAACAAAAUUUCAAGCACCACUAAUGAAUACGAAAAGUCGACAUACCGACCGAUUUUAAAUUGGCAAGUUACUAACCAGAAAGUGCCUUGGGGUGUUUUAGUACUCCUCGGUGGUGGUUUUGCUCUAGCUGAUGCAAGUCAGAUUUCUGGUUUGUCUAAAUGGUUGAGUUGUGAGCUCAGUUCAAUAAAUGAAUACGAGCCCUGGAUCAUCAAUUUGAUAAUUUGUUGUGUUGUUGCUGGAGCCACAGAAGUGACGAGCAAUACUGCUACAGCGACUCUACUACUGCCUAUAAUGUUUGAUUUAGCCAUAGGAUUGAACCUUCAUCCAUUAUACAUGAUGAUUAGUGUAUGCAUUGCUUGUUCAUUUGCUUUUAUGUUACCAGUAGCAACACCUCCAAACGCAAUCGUUUUUUCUACGGGAUACUUGAAGAUUUACGACAUGGUAUUUGCUGGUAUUGUUAUGAAUAUUAUCGGGAUUGCAGUAUUAACGCUGGCAGUUAACACAUGGGCAGAACCUAUAUUUAACCUGGAUACAAUUCCGGAGAUGUUCCGGAAUAUUUCGAGCAAUACAAAUAAUGCUUGUAUUCAGCUGUGUCCAAAUUGAAGUACAAUAUACAUGUAAUACUAAUACAUAUCCAUAGAAAAAUACUGUGCGCAAAGUACAAAUGCACGAGUAUCAUUGAAUACUUUGAAGACUCAUUAUUCAACAUUCAAGAAGGUAGUAUUCUGGGCUAUCCUUAGUUUGUUAUUAUUAUACAAUCUGAAUAAUAAAAUUUAAAUACGCGAAUAGAUCUCGUGUUUCUGGAAUACAUAAAAAAAAAUAUGUGAUCAAUUAUUGUAUAUUUGCUUAUUUUUCAAAUGUAACACACAUAUCUAUAUUUAAUUCUGUAAAUGUUAUUCUUCUCGGUAAAAACUCAAAAUAAAAGAUAUAUAUGUUUGUGAUACUGUAUUUAAAGAUGCUGGUAAAGGUAAAAAAAAAAAUCUAAUUUAACAGUUGAAUUGAUGUCAAUAGUAAUGAUACAAUGUACAAUUUUCUUCUUAAGAAAUAUAUAUAUAAAUACUGAAUACUAAUAAUUACUCAUAAUAAAAUUAACGGUACUAAUUUUCUUGCACCAGAUGCGCAUUUCGACAAUACAUGUCUCUUCAGUGAUGCUCGUGGCCAAAAUACUUGAAAUCCAAAGCUUAUAUAAAAGAUGAAGAGCUAUAAUCCAAAAGGUUCAAAAAGUAUAAAGUGUGCAUUUAAAUAUGUGAUAUAUAUAAUAUAUUUGAAAGUUUUGUGUUUAAAGUAUGCCUAAUUUACAUGUAAACACAUUUUCAGACAACUUAUACCGUAAAAGAACUGAGACGGUGAUAUCUAAAAUGUCAACACAUUUUUGUAAAUAAAGAACCCGCGGAUUGUCUAUGGAAAAAACUAAGAUAUGUCGUAACAUGAAAAUAAUUAUUAUAUCGGUCUACAGUAGGGUUUUUUCUAUUACAAAAUUCAAAAUAAGCAAAGCAACUCAUUGUGUUGAACCGAAUCAAAUGGUUUCGGGAAAAUAUGCACUAAGAUCAGAUACAAUUAAAUAUCCGUUUAUUUGUCAUUCUGGCAUUCAAAAGUGGGAUUUUAUAAUACUUCACAAUAAAUAUCUACAUUACAUAAUGGUAUAUGCAUGGGAAAUGUAACUAAUACAACAAAAGAUUAUGCAACUUGCAUAUGCUGUUUUAUUAUAUUCCCAAUGUACAUAAUGAUGAUAAAACUGAACCCAUAUAAAUCUUCACUGUUUAUAUAAUCUUAAUUAUAUUGACCAGUAUAUUAAUUAUUUUUCAUCAAGAUUAAAAACCAUAAAUAAAUGUGUGUUUAAGGAGGUAGACCUUGGUUCAGGGAGAUAACUCUUUUAUUCAGUGAUGCGUUUAUAAAAGUCAAGUAUAAUUAAUGUAUUUUAAGCAUUUACCUGAAACAGAUUAGAUAUAAUUUAUGUAACCUAGAAGCUUAUAAUUUUUUAAUGACAGUGGUUGACAUAAACGUACUGAUGAUUUAAAGAGUCUUUUCCCUUAAUCUAGACCUACCUCCUUAAAUAUACUAAAAAUGUGACUAUCAUAGCUUCAACGAAAAAAAUGAUAGAAUAAAGCGUCAAAGAGAAAUGUUUUAAACAAAAUAAUACUGAUAUUAGUAUGGAACACUUGCUGUUGUAAAUGACUUUUUUUUGUAUACAUUGAAUUUAAAUUUUUUUAUUGUCAAGGUUUUUGUUUGUUGUGGGAUUUUUUUUUUAUUUUUAUUUUUAUUUUUAUUUUUUUUUGGGGGGGGGGGAGAAAUUAGUUCUUAAAAUAUAUAAAUGCUGUAGACAACAAAAAGUGCAAUACACUGUCCGCAUAAACAAAAUCUGUACUAUUAUGAAUAGUUAUGUUCAUUUCAACUUAUUUUUAUAUUUGUUUUUAAGUUUUCAUUUAAUAUAAAGUUUGUUCUUA